AUGACCAAAAUUAACGGCGUUGACCGAGAAUCCAAACUCCGCAAUGCGCACCAAACACAUGCAGGAUGCACUACGAAGAAACAAAACAAUACCACCCAGUCAAAUAAAUGGAGUCCAUUCCAGAGAAGGAAGGUGCUCAUCUCAAAGUCCAAAGUCUGGGACGGCGGAGUAAAACUAUCCGGGCCUCAAUCCACAUUGCCCUGCAGGCCCAAGUUUAGCCUAGCGGACAUGCCCGACAACGGGCCGAACGCGGGCGCUUGCGGUGGCGAUAUCAUGCGCGUCAACUGGUCGCCAAGUGGUUGUUUCAUUUAA